AUGAACAAUUUACUCGACAAUCGCUUUGAAAAGGUGGAGAAGGCUCUUGCGACCUUGAUCAAUUCCAUCGCAACUUACAACCCGUCCACAAGCAAUGCCAGCGAUCUCGUUGCAGCGGAUGCCGAGCUCAACGAUGGCCUCGAGCAAUUAUCAACACACCAGGCAAACUAUGCAAAGAUAAUAGCCCUCCGCGAAACCUCCAAUGCCCUUGAUGCCGAGAUCCGCGACACGCUCACACUCUUAUCCACUACCCGCCGAGACCUCAUUGCGACGCCAGCAACCAGUUUCCCACCCAACGCGAACCCGAUAUCAUACUCCGAACUAUUGAGCUAUGCACGCCGAAUAAGCAGGUUCACCUUACCACCUACAUACAGAGAUCCUCAAGCUUCUGCAGCAGAGACUGGAGACGCAGCGACGAAUACCUCCGGGGAGCCCAACCAGCAAAUACAAACAAAUGGUAUCAACACCCCCGUCGUGGCUACCAACGGAGAAUUGCACAAUACUGCAGCUACGGAUUUGGACAAGGCAUCGCCAGCGGCUGCCGCGCAAAUGCAACCACAACCAUCCCAGCAUGAGGGAGUGAGGACGAACCUUUCAAUUUGGGAACAGUACCUCAACCCGUCCGCAGAAAUGCCUUUCUUCCCGUGGCCAUCCGAGGAGUCAAUCAGAAAGGGUGCGCUUGCCAGUUUACAAGUUCUGGUGGACCAAGGUAUCGACCCGGCCACGUUUGACCCCGAGAAGAGUGCAGAAUUGGAAGCGGAGCGCAAGAGGAUCAUGGAAGAAGAGGAUGCAGCAAGAGAGCAGGAACGGAUCAAGGAAGAAGAAGCCAGAAGGAGAGAGAUGGAGCGAAGGAUGAGCGCCGGUGGGCCUGCGCCGGAGAGGAGAGAAGAGAAGACGGAGGCUUUCCAAUUCUCGCUGAUGGAUGAUAGCGAUUGA